UUGUCGUCACAGCGGCAGCAUGCGCAAGAUCAGUGCUGAAGGACACAGCUGAUCAGAUGUUUUGUAAUAUAGAUUAAAACCCAUUUAUAAUAGCGGCCAUUAUUGCGCAGUACUUCAGUUUUGUCAAGCAGGAACUUUUGUUUUUGACAGAGAACAUGUUUAGGAAAAGUCAGAACCUGAAAUACCUAUUAAGUCUAGUACCUGGAAAAAAACGCUUUGGGGUGUACAGAUUUCUGCCCGUGUUCUUCUGUAUCGGCGGCGUCAUGGAGUGGAUCAUGAUCAAUGUCAGAAUAGGAAGAGAAACGUUUUAUGACGUGUACAGACGAAAACAGUCAGAGAGAGCGUAUCAGCACAAGACUGAAGAGGGCCUGAUUAUGUUCACAGACUCUCAAGCCAAAUGACAGCUUCACAACUUCUCCAUGAAACCAGUUCACUGGACACUGGAAUAUGUUGGCCAUCAGCUGGAAGGCAGCUGUGACAUGGACUGCAAACAUGAGCACAGAUGAGGUGCAAAAGAUUGUCUCAAUGUGUUUUUGUAAGGAAGGUGGGGAUUUGUGUGUUGUCUAUGUAAGAAAUAUGUUUAUAAUGAAAGUGAUUUUGGCAGCUUUGUGAUUGUGAAUAAAAAUCAAAGUCAUUUGCACAAGAGAAGAAAGG